AUGGGUAAAAACAAGCUAAAGAACAUCAAAUUCCAUGGCAUCAAACUCCGCGAAACCACCGCCAUCCUGGACGAAGUCUGGGCCAGUCGCGAUGGUACCACCCAUGUACAGGACCCGGACGUCCAGGACAUGAGAGACAGGCUAUCGCGGAUGAACGGCGAGAAGGGGGGAGAAAUGAGGGAGGGGCUUGAUGAAGCGCAGAAGAAGGGCACCCGCCAUAGUGUCAAUCGUCCAGCGGAUGAGGACCUCGAGGGGAUCGAGACAUACAUAGCGACGAACGACGAAGACGAGAAUGAGGGAGGCAAGGUUGUAGAGAAGGUGGUCCCAUUGGGAGCAGAUGAGUCCAGCUGGCGGAAAUACAAGCAUCGCCAGUUCAUCGGUCGCUGGGGCUUACUCGAAAAGUCGGAUGGAAAGAAGGACGAAGAAUGGUGGAUACCAGACCCGAGGUCCUCCAGCCGGACGAUCCCGCGUAUCUGUACCAAGAUCGAAGUCCACGACAUUGAAUGGGUUCUGAGACACGAGCAGUGUGCCUUCUGCAGGCUGAUCAGGCGCAAAGUCCAGAGCGACGGGAUGUUGGACUGCGAGGAGCCCUCAAAGUACAGGGGCUGCAAAGUGCGCUUGCGUGUCCUCGACGAGGGACCGAAAUACGCUCUUCGGCUAGAGGUUGUCCUCGAGUCUAGACGCGACCAAACGCUGCAAAAUCACUUGAUCUUACAGAGGAUGACCACCGAGAGCGCCGUACCACUCACAGGCCGUGAGGUGGAGGACGGAACUGCGAUGAGCAAAUUGAAGGAGUGGCUGCACAUAUGCGAAACACAGCAUCCUCAGUCCAACAGGCCCUCGCUCAGACCUGUGUCUUAUCAGCUUCGCGUCAUCGACGUGGAAACAUGGUGUGUCGUGGAGGGCCUACCCUCUUCAGUACGCUACCCUUUCGGCUGCAGCGCACUAUCAAGGAUGCCAUUUGAGGCUACGAAUGCUGUGGGUAUUCCGUACCUGUGGGUUGACGCCCUCUGUAUUCUGCAGGAUAACGACGAGGACAAGGAACGCAUCAUCAUGAACAUGGGAUCCAUCUACAACAACGCGGCUCUCAACAUCGCUGCCACAACGAACAAGUCGCCGGCAGACGGGCUUGUAUGUCUUUCAGUGGCGCGGAAAUCUGAACAGAUCGUCGAAACGGUCCAAGACUUGAAGCUGGCAGCAACAUUCCACGAUCCGCGGGAAAAGCUGAGCGACAUAGGACAAGCCGUGUGGAGCUCCCGGGGGUGGACCUACCAGGAGCAAUACCUACCAAGCCGGACCGUCUACUUCACAGACACCGAGAUCUGCUUCACCUGCCCUCAUUCCAUAUUCUUCGAGACACCAACCCAGCUAUCGAGGCCGAUUACAGGUCCCUUCCCAUCCCGGAAAGAACCAGAUUCUCUACUCGGUCGAUGA